CAGCGGGGAUAGAGUAAACAGAGUCUGUAGACGAUAGAGAAAACACUGCAUCUGCGUUUCACUUCUUCAAUUUUCUCUUUUGCCCGAAGCUAAUCUCCCCUGCAGGUGACCAAAUAUGCUAAGUCUCACAGGCGGCUCUACACCAUCCAUUGCCGCGAAAUGCACUAUCCAAAGAGGCUUCAGGGUCCGGUCCGUUUCUGGGUUCCCUUCUUUCCUUCCCAAAGAGGUCGAAAAGAUCAAAGACCCUUUCGCUCGAAAGCUCGCUGCACGAAUCGAAAGGCUGCCUGUGAGCUUUGGAGAAAAUUGUGUGAUGAGUAGUUGUGUGAAGCCAUUGGUACAGAGCAACACAAGUCCAGUGGUUCUUCUCCAUGGUUUUGACAGCUCCUGUUUAGAAUGGAGAUACACUUAUCCAUUGCUUGAGGAAGCUGGCUUGGAGACUUGGGCUGUUGACAUUCUUGGCUGGGGUUUCUCUGAUUUGGAAAGACUUCCCUCCUGCAAUGUGGCCUCUAAGCGUGACCAUUUUUUCCAGCUUUGGAAAUCCUACAUCAAAAAGCCAAUGAUAUUGGUUGGACCAAGCCUUGGUGCUGCUGUUGCAAUUGACUUUGCAGUCAACCAUCCAGAAGCUGUCGACAGGCUGGUUUUGAUUGAUGCAAGUGUGUAUACAGAAGGCACUGGAGAUCUAGCAAGCAUGCCUAAAAUGUUAGCCUAUGCUGGAGUAUCUUUAUUGAAGAGUCUCCCACUGCGCUUCUAUGUAAACUUUUUGUGCUUCAGUGGCAUAUCACUCAGUACCAAUUUAGAUUGGACUAAUGUGGGCCGCUUGCAUUGUCUGUUUCCUUGGUGGGAGGAUGCAACUGUGGAUUUCAUGAUGAGUGGGGGUUAUAAUGUUAGUGCCCAGAUAGAACAGGUAAAACAGAAGACUCUUAUCAUAUGGGGUGAGGAUGACCAGAUUAUUAGCAGCAAGCUUGGAGUGAGAUUGCACUGUGAACUGCCAAAUGCAGUUAUACGACAAAUACCAGAUUGCGGACACAUUCCUCAUGUGGAAAAACCAAGCUCUGUUGCUAAAAUGAUUGUGGAAUUGGUUCAACAAGAUCAGUACAAAGAGAUUCAAUGUAUUUCUCAAAUUUGAAGGCUUACUUUUCAUCUCUGCUUAAUACUGAACGUACUUGUGUCCCAUUCUCAACCUCAUGGUUUCGUGGCAUUCACAAUUUCCUGUCCCGCCAUGUUUUUCUACAACUAGGGUUUUUCUUGUGCAUCUUUGAAAAGCUAGGUUCACGUUUAAAGCGUGCCAUCUCAUGAGAGUUGAGGGGAUAAUCCAUUUAUAGCAUGCUGAGAUGUAUGAUCCAUGAUUAGGAUAUGUAAAGACACACCCUCUUCAGAACUCAGAUACGUUAUUAGUUGAACAAGUAACUAGCAGUUUUACUUGCAGUCAA